UGGGAGGAGAUCCAAUCAAGUCAUGCUGAUGACCCUGGAAACAAUUACCUGAUGACAGUCGAAACAAUUAGACCUACAACAAAGCACACAUGUAUUGAACUGCCCCCUCAGAGCGUGGACCUGUGUGUAUAUUACCGUCUCACUAAUGACAUAGAGGCUACAUAUGGACGGGAACAUUGGACAGUUUCACAACAGUUGUGGGUCAACAUGGAUGUCCUAGUGGUUGUGUUCCUCCUCCUCCUCCUCCUCCUCCUCCUCCUCCUCCUCCUCCUCCUCCUCCUCGUCUGUCUGCUCUACACUCAGGUUUCUAAACGUUCUCGGCUGCCCCCGGGGCCAUAUGCAAUUCCGUUCAUUGGCAAUCUGAUUCAGUUGAUGCUAAAUCGGGAGAACCUGCAGCCGCUGCUUGAGCGCCUACACCAGCAGCACGGAAACGUGGUCCGCCUCUACCUCGGCAAUACGCUCAUGGUGGUGCUCAACGGCUUCGACGCCAACCACGAGGCGCUGGUCAAGAGAGGACUUUUGAUGACGGGCAAGCCGCAAAUAUUGCCGGAACAGAGCAACACAGGUGUGAUAUUUAGCCACGGUACCCCAUGGAGGAAUGCGAGGAGACUCACUCUUCGAGGGCUCCGGGACUUCGGAAUGGGGAAAGAUGUUCUUGAACCUAACAUGAAGGAAGAGAUCAACUUUAUCCUGGACAAACUAUCUGCAAACGAAGGGCGUCCCAUCAGUCUACGACCGUUCUUAACUCAGGCUGCUCUCAACGUAUCAAGCAAUUUAGUGUUCGGUCAUAGGUUUGAAUACAACGAUGGCAAGUUUCAGACCAUCUUUGAUUUCCUGGUACGAAUGUUUGCAACUGCUGAAAAUUGGAAACUCACCUUUAUGGCGUUUCCGCUGUUGCGCAAUUUGCCAUCCAUCAGGGAGAAUGUACACGAGUUUAUACAUGGCUUCAUGAACAUGUUCAUCAUCGUGAAGAAUGCCGCCAAGGAACGCGAGUCAACCUUCCACUGCCCGGACGCCAGAGAUUUCCUUGAUAUGAGUGUAAAUAAAAAAAGGGAGAACUUUCUGCCGUAUAGGGAGUCUGUUCCAAUCUUGAUGGACGUAUUGGUGGGAUCUGUCGGGACGUUUCCGGGCACCUUGGACUGGUUCUUUCUCUACAUGGUGCGGAAUCCUGUUGCGCAGACUCGAUGUCAGGAGCAGAUUGAUCUGGAGAUCGGCAAAGGUCGGUACGUGACAUUGGCAGACCGACCCAGCCUACCCUAUGUAGAAGCAACGAUUGCCGAGGUGCAGAGACUGGCAAGUGUUGCCUCCUUUACAAUGCGCAAGAAUCUGGAGGCGACGACAAUCAGUGGCUAUACAAUUCCAAAAGACACAAUAGUCAUGUGCAACCUCCGGUCCUGCCACACAGACGCCAAGUACUGGCCAGACCCGGACACGUUCAGGCCAGAGCGCUUCCUAGACUCAGAGGGACGCUUCUCCAGGAAACAUCCAGCAUUUGUUCCCUUCUCAGCAGGUCCGCGUCAGUGUGUUGGGGAGAUCUUAGCCAAGGACCAGCUCUUGAUCUUCACGGUGACCCUCCUGCAACACUUCAAGUUCUCGAGGCCGGAAGGGGAGUGUUUGGACGACCAGCAGACUUUCAUGUCGGCUCGAUGCGCCAAGCAAUACAAAGUGAUUGCAACCAAGAGAUAGUUCCUCAACCUCACAGACGUUGAUAAUAAAACACAACCUUACUGAUAUCGUGACAUUAAACAAAAUGCUACCUGAAUUGUGAUGCUUUUUUUUGACAGAUGCUGGAAUAUCUUUGGUUUGAUUUCAAUCUUAUAAAUUAAAUCAUUUUAUAUCAAAAUUAAGUUCCGUGGUUAAGCAAAGUAUUUAGUAAAUACGAGAGCUGGUCAUAAAGUUGUAACACUAAGAAA